UUACUUAUAUUCGAACCAAACGGUAUCAUAAAAUUUUAGUUAUUAAACUUGCUUUAACCAUAUUUUGAAUAAAUUGUAGAAUUUACCAAACUAUCUCAUUGACUAAUACCUAGUGAAGUCAACUAAUAAGCCGCGCUCAAAGAGGAAAGUUUUCCUUGAUUGAUGGCUCGUUAUCCUCCACGAGAUGCUCCCCGUAGAAUGUUUGACCAUUUUAAGCAAUCCAGUGGAAGCUUCAUCAUCACCUUCUCUGCUCCUUUACCCCUUUCUCCCCCGCUCCCCAUUCCUUCAAACUCUCCCUAGUCACACACACAACCACAGCACAAACUACACACUACACAAAUUAAAAAUGGAACAAUCCCAGGAAGAGCCAACUAAGAAGCCGCCGCCGCCGCUACGCUCCUCACCCCCGGCAAUAAUCCUCCGCCGCUUCGAGCCCUCACCCUCCGACGCCACCACGCUCUUCUCGUGGGCCUCGGACCCGCGCGUCACCCGCUUCCUCCGCCGUGGCCCCGUCCCCGACUCCGACGCCGCGCUCCGCUACAUCACCGACCACAUCCUCCCCCACCCAUGGUACCGCGCCAUCUGCGUCCCGCCUUCGGACACUCCCGUGGGCUCUAUCUCCAUCAAACCCGGUCCAGUCCAGGAGAAGAACACCCGGUUCAGGUCCGCCUCAGUCGGGUACCGGCUCGCGCACGCCCACUGGGGCCGCGGCAUAGCCACCGCGGCGCUCCGGGCGGUGGCGGCGGCGGCGGCGUUCGCGGAGUGGCUGCAGCUGGAUCGGCUCAAGGCGGUGGCGGAUGUCGAGAAUUUGGCAUCGCAGAGGGUGCUGGAGAAGGCAGGGUUUCGCAGGGAGGGGGUGCUGCGGAAGUACGUGAGGCUGAAGGGGGAGGAGACGAGAGACGUGGUCAUGUAUAGCUUGCUGUCCACGGAUGAUACGAACGAGUGAUAGGUUUAUUACUUGGGUUUGGUUGAUUUAUCAUUUUGUGCGGGGGAAAUAAACUUAGUUAAAGAUAUAAAAUAAAUAAAUUUUGAGUUUGAGAACGCGGAUAACUAAUUUUCGGUCGCUACUUCCCACAUCUGGGACUUCAUCGUACCCUACCCGUGGUAUCGAGCCAUCUGCGUCGACGGCCAGCCCGAGGGGUCAGUUGUAUUCUAGCCUGUGUCGGGCGAUGACGGACGCGGGCGCUGUCGAGGCGAGAUAGGCUACGCGCUGGCCCACAAGUACUGCUGGGGCCAGGGAAUCCGUGAUGGCUGCAGUGAAGAAGGCGGCGUGGCGUUCGAGGAGUGGCCGGGAUUGGAGAGGCUGCAGGAGGGGGACCGACGUCGAGAAUUCGAGAUCGCCGAGAGAUUUAUGAAUCCAGCUGAAUUCCGUCUAA